AAAAGUGACUUGACUUGCCCAUCUCUGGACCAUUUCAAUAAUUUUACUGAUCAUUUCAAUAAUUCACUAAUCAAUCAUUACUUUACUGACCAUUCAAUAAUUCUACUGAUUUUUGAAUUUUUUUUUACUGACCGUUUCAUUAUUCUACGGACCACUUAAAUGACACCCAAAAAUAAAGAGAAGUAAAAUUGUAAUCAACGUGAAACACAAAUGAAAAUUAUCCAUUUUCUGUUUUCCAACAAUAUUUCGGAUAUUUGCUAUUAUAUCGAAAAAUUUAAAGUAUUCAUAUAUAUAAAUAAAUCAUAAUCAAACAGUUAUUUAGAAAUGUUAGAAUACUAUUACGCAAGAUCGAUAAUUAAAGAUAUUUAUAAUAUUUAAAUAAAACUAUUAAGAAGACUUAUUUAAAAAUAUCAAUUAUGAAAUAUCUAUCAAACACAACAUAUUGUUAUUUGUUCUCUCUCUAAUGUAUCAACUGUUUUUUAAAUAAAUAUUAUAAUCUAUCUUUUUCACUAUUAGAUAACCCAACAACUAUACUAUCAGCUUCAACAUCAAUCACAAAUUCAGUUACAGUAUUAGCAACAGUUUCAUCGUUAGCAACAGUUACACCAUCAACAACAGUUUCGACAUCACCAGUAGUUACACCGUCAACAACAGUAUCAACGUCAGCAAUAGUUACACCCUCAACAACAGUUUCAAUGUCAACACCGGUUACAACAUCACAAAAGAGUAAUUCAACUAAUACAAUAACAAAAUUAUCAUCAACAAUGGCUGCAAGCUCUCAAUCAACAAAUCAUUCACUUGCAAUUCGUAAUUUGAAUUCAAAAUUAUUAGUAUUAUCAUUUUGUUUCAUUAUGAUUUUUAUCAACAAUUAA